GCCCAAACCAAAAUGUGCAAACGAAUGGUUGCCAUUCCUUCGAGCCAAAAGAUAUUUAACUAACCACCAACAAUCGUUCUCUCUCUCUCUCUCUCUCUGCGUGUGUUGUCUCUCAUGGCCACCGCACUCUCAUUUCCUUGUGCCACUCCCACCCUCCGCUCACGCCACCGCCACCCCAUUUUCCGGCCCAAUACCCACGGCAGAGUCUACAAACUCCGGUGCAGUGGAGAGAAUUCAACAAGCAACUCAUCCACUAAACCCGACACCGAACCUCAAAAUGUUCUGCUCAAGAUGGCCUGGUAUAGUUCUGAGCUGCUCGGAAUAGCCGCGUCUUUCUUCCGAUCACCGUUGAGUGUCGGAACUUCCGGUGAGGGUCUCGAGCUCUCCGUUGAUGGGUCGGGCGCAAUUGAUCGGGCCGUCGUUGUGGAGACCAUUAAAGAGGACUUCCAAAGGUCAUAUUUCGUCACAGGCAACCUGACCCUUGAUGCGUAUGAGGAGGAUUGUGAAUUUGCUGAUCCAGCAGGUUCUUUCAGAGGGCUUCGACGUUUCAAGAGGAAUUGUACUAAUUUUGGCUCUCUCGUUGAUAAGUCAGAUAUGAAACUCAUGAAGUGGGAGGAUUUAGAGGAUAAGGGAAUUGGACAUUGGCGCUUUAGUUGUGUAUUGUCCUUUCCUUGGAAGCCUAUUCUUUCGGCUACUGGGUACACAGAAUACUAUUUUGAUGCACAAACUGGAAAAGUAUGCAGGCAUGUGGAGCACUGGAAUGUCCCUAAGAUGGCCCUAUUUAAGCAAAUUCUGAGGCCCAGCCGAGGGUUGAAGAAAACAAGGCCAACACCAUAGCCUUACAGGGAUCGCAAAUAUGACUGAUACUGUACAUAAUCCUGUGUUCACGUUGAGGGAAAUAGUCGAGUUAGUUUUGAUGCUACAAAUAUCUAGUUGUACUUGAGCGAAGUUCUCUGUCAAAGUAAAGUCAUAGAGUACGACAAUUUCUUCGAACUGCCUUUUGAUCUCUCCCAAGUCCGUAAGUACUUGUCAAAAAUCCGUAAGUAUUUUGUAUUCUUGUAUUGCAGGAUCCCCUUUUGUGGAAUAUAUAAUUGAAUUAUGAACA